ACUUCUACAUGUAAUCUACCACAACCACCAUAGUAGUUUCCAGCUGUCAUUUCCAGCGAGUUUCUUUCUUCUCCAUCUGUUUCUCUGUUGUUAAAAGAAUACGUUAUGGGAGUGGAGGAAGCCUCCGAAGCCAAGGAGAUGUUGCAGCCUGUUAAACAAGACACGGAGGAUCAUGGACCAGAACCCCAUAUCUAUGAAAAUUCUGCGCUUGCAAGAGUUGAGGCUGAAAAAAGACUAGCUUUAGUCAAAGCAUGGGAGGAAAAUGAAAAGGCAAAAGUAGACAACAAGGCACAUAAGAAGAUAUCUGCUAUUGGAUCCUGGGAGAAUACCAAGAAAGCUGAUGUAGAAGCACAACUAAGGAGCUUUGAGGAAAAACUGGAGAAGAAGGCAGAGUAUGCUGAGAAAAUGAAGAACAAAGUGGCUGAACUCUAUAAGGAAGCCGAGAAAAGAGCGAUGAUCGAAGCCGAGAAAGGGGAAGAGUUUCUCAAGAUCGAGGAGACAACAACCAAAUAUCGUUCAACUGGAUAUAUACCCAAUAUAUUUCUAGCAUGUUUCAGCAGUCGACAUCUUCAACUGAUAUUUUGUUGGAGAAACUUUUUUCUGGAAUUUGCUUGUUCUUUGCUUCUGUUGGUUUGUAAGUCGGACAUUCUAAUACAGGUGUCCAUAUUUAUCCCUGUGUAUACAUGUGAAAUACAUUAAUUCUAUUUUCAUAUAUC